AUGGACUUGUUUCCAGUACCCCCAACUGUGGUGCCACUACCUCUGACCAUGACAAAAUAUGUUUUCCCCUGCAUGGAUGGCCCUGAUAUGCUCGAUGAGAAUGGCAAUUUCAAAACCGAGGAAAUUGACUUAUCUCUGAUGCACUUGAAUGUAUGGUUUGUUGAUCUUUGCAGGCAUUACAGGCUCUCACAAUCUGGUAACAAAACAUUGCGGCAAGAAUGGCUUGUGGAGUUCAGUGAAGCCGGGAAGGAAAACCUGCUUACUCCAGGGCAUAUCUCUCAUAAGGAUGUGAGGAGUGGUGGCAUCAUCAAGAAGAGAAAAUUGAUGCAACGGGCACACCGCAUCCAUGAAGCAAGCAUGUCAACAAGCACAUCUCAGGGAGUGCCCUUUCCUGUGGAAAGAUCUAAGGAUAUGUGCAGCCAGAUGAAGGUGGACAAACUCAUACCAUGGGCUGAGGAUUUUAUGGUCCUGAUAGCGGAAGAGGAAAAGUCCUAUCAUACAUAUCUUUGCUUUCACUGUCAAUUCCAUCUAACAACCUUCUCCAAGGUACAGGAUCCUUUCGAGAAUACAGGUUUCACCCAGCAUGUCAUCUCUAUUGUCAUGGAGCAACUGGCUGCUUGUCAAAAUUCCUCUGCUGAUGCCUUGUCCUUGUCCUCCACUUUGUCCAAUAUUUCCUGUCCUCCCAUGGAUUUUGACACAAUGCCAAGGCUCACUGAAGAUUCUACUGAGACCUUUUCUGGUGAAGCACCUUUACCCUUUGUAUUGCCUUCUCUGCCACCUCAGACAAUGCCAGCAUCUACAUCUGAACUUGAUGGGGAUGCAUCCAUAUUAUCUGAUGAUCAUGCUGGCAGCCAAAUUCAAUGCUCGUUAGUCUUCGCUGAUGGUGAGAUGUUAAUUGUUCGCCAAGGUGAUGUCCCCCCGAUGAAGCCUUUCCAUUAUGCCUCAGAUAUCCCAAAUCUCAUUCGAAGCUGGGAUGAUCAUAGUCCAGACUGGGCCCCACCUCCCAAUCAUCCAAUCAUCAUUAACGGUUGCUCGAUUCCAAUCAAAUACUGGAAGGAUCUCUACAAGUACAACAAGCAAACUGGGAGUGAAUGGCAGAAGCUGAAGAAUGUUUGGAGUAAAUGGAGGUAUUUCAUUGAAGCGUACAAUGCCAGUGGCACACCCGAAGCCUUUUGGAUGAAGAUCUCUGACUCUCGAGGACAAAAGUUGCCAUUUUCUUGA